GUGACGACACUCUGAUGGGACUCGUUUGGGUAUGGCGCAUGCGUACUUCCGCCAGUGUUCCCAUUCUUUGCCGUUGCUGCUCUCAGAGCGCAUGUGGGGAAGCUAGCUGACGGUGUUGUCGUCUCCUUCUUCGUUUUCUGGGAAGCAUCUGAACAAAGGCCUGCCCCUUUUUCAUGAGGAUUGCUCUACCGCCAUCGUUACUUUACGUGUAAUCACGAUUACUAAAUCGGAUUACGAUACUUUUAUUAUAUUUCAAGGUACCAGUAACAACAGAGACAGAAUUCGAAAUGGAUGCGGAUCACCAAGAAACCAGCGGCGAGACCAAAUCGGCCAUUAAUACUUGGCGUUAUCGACACCAUUUCACGUACAAGGCAGAUCAAGGGAAAAAUAUCAUCGUCCAGUGUAAUCUGUGCUUGCCGAGGGUUAAUCUGCUGUCCACGUCAAAAACCUCCACUUCAAAUCUAAAGAAACAUUUAGACAGAACACAUUUAGGCUGUGAAGCCAGGCCUGAUGCCAAGAGAGGACGGAAAAAAGAGGAAUACAACGGUGAGGAAAGCAGACACUGCCAGCUCAAAAAGCUCAAAGCGGAAAUCAUCUCCAAAUGCCUGACCCAGGCAAAGAUCGAUGAUCUGAUCUUCAACUUCAUUGUGGAGGACUGCCAGUCAUUUUAUGUGCUGGAGCAGCCUGGCUUCAGGAAGCUGAUUGCCGGUUUAACUGAAGGGCUCAAAUCCAUGGACAGGGUGACCCUGUUUACUAAGGUGGACCAUGGAUUCUCCAAGAUGCGGGAAGAGUUGAUGUCUAAGCUCAGCAGCGUCCAGUAUGUGUGCACCACAGCGGACAUCUGGACAGCCCACAACAGGAGCUUCUUUGGGAUGACCUGUCACUGGAUCGAUAUGGAUUCUUUGGAGAGGAAAUCCGCCGCCCUGGCUUUUGCACGGCUGCAGGGCAGGAUCACGUAUGACACCAUCGCCGGCCGCAUACACGACGUCCACGUGGCCUACAAUAUUGAGAGUAAAGUUCAGACAACAGUCACAGAUAACGGCAGCCCCUUCAUCAGUGUCUUCAGGGAGUUUGCGCUGGACAGCCAAGAAAGUGACGACGACAUCGGUUUCUACGAGAACGUGAGCACCGUGCUCGAGGGUGAGCCGGAGCAGGACAUGCUGCUGUUUCUGCCCACCGUGCAGCGCUGCGCGUCACACACCUUGGAGCAGAUCGUCACUGAUGACUUCUGGCAGGCUGUGUCACAGGGGCCCAUGUGCCAGCUACAUUACAGUGCCAUGGCUAAAGUGUUUGCCAUAUGGAGCAAAUGCCACCAUCUCCAGGUCGGGAUGGACGCGGCAGAGGAGAUAGGGAAGAUGGCACUCGUCGUCCCCACCGUUAUACGCUGGAACGUAGAGUACUGUGCCGUGCAGAAGAUUGUCUCUCUCAGCGAGCGGGAGCUGACGGAGCUCUGCGCUCGCCUCGAGGUCCCACGCUUUCAGCCGGAGGAGAUGGCCUUCUUGAAGGAAUAUGUGACUGUGUUUCACCCGCUCGCAUUUGCACUCGAACUUUUCCAGGCGGAGCAGAAAUGCUACCUGGGCCUGGUCAUCCCAACCGUACUCAGUCUGAAGAACAAGCUAAAUGAGCAGAAGGAUGCCGCAAAAUACUUCGGCGAUGCCAUCAACGCCAUUGUAAUGGCUAUCGACGUGCGGUUCCAGGAGCUGUUUGGCAGCACCGAAGCGAAGAUUGCGACCGCGACCACUCCUCAGUUUCGCUUGUGGUGGAUGGCGGCCUCCGAGAGGGAGGAGAUGUGCGCCCUGCUGGCCUCGGAGGCGUCCCAGAUGGAUCCCUGCACCGUAACCGAGGCGAACACCAGCCGCAACCUGUCCACCAUUGAAUCUGAGGAUGACUUCUUUAGCUACGGCUCAGUGAAACCGGCCGUCCAGAUCCAGCAGCGGGGGGUGUUGGAGGAGAUUCGCAAGUAUGUAGAAGGAACGGGGAAGAGCCUCGAGUGCCUGCAGGACUUCCCAAGAGUGAAGCAGCUCUUCCUAAAAUACAACACCACCCUGCCGUCCACGGCCCCCGUCCAGCGUCUCUUCAGCCAGAAGGGCAACCUGGUGACGUCACAGAGAAACUUUCUGACUGACGACUAUUUCGAGCGCAUUCAGCUUUUGAGAUACAACAGCAACCUGUGCUCUCUGGUCAGCGAGUGAAGGGGUUACCGAUGGCUGUCUCAGACUUUUAACCGACACAAAAUCAAACCAUAUUGUUUUGAAGUCAUCACAGGAGAACACUGAACAAUAUCUCAUUUCAGGCACUUUAGCCCAAAUGUUCUUUCUAAUAUUUAUCCCCCCUGCCUGUUUUGGUUGGCAAAGCAUAUGUCUCCCACUCCAGAAUGGCUUAAUAAAACAUCUGAUUGACAAUCAUAGACACUGACACUCGGACUGACAAAAAGCAUCUUUAUCUGUGCUGUUGUUGUGAUUUGAUGUAGCCACGGGGUUAAACUGAAGUGAUUUUUGUCUUUCAGUUUCAGUUUUUUUUCUACAGCUGUUCAGUAAGAAUGCAUCUCCUGUCUGUAUUUUAUAUCAUAUAUAAAGCGACAAGAAGAGA